AAAACAAAUUAACGAGACGAAAAACACUUUUACCAGUCCCGAAACAAAUUUACAAUGACAGAUUCUUCACGGAAAGGGAAUGUACCAUACACCGGAAGUGACACGGUGAAAGGUGUUGUUGUUGGUGAGCGCGGUAAAUUCGUGUUGUGGUUGUGGAGUUAAUGGCGUAAAUAAAGUUUAUGGUGACAGCGGCCGAGGGAUGUUUUGCCCGUUUUGUGGCAAACACAUGAGCAGCUUAACGCGGUUUUGCUUUUCGUGUGGUCGGUGUUUGGAGUUUCUAAAGGACGCGGACCAGACGGAAACACCAGACAUACUUCAUCAAUGUGUUCAAUAUUUUAACGAGGGCCACUCGUACGCUGUAAUCGUGGACAUGAUGUCAAGUCUACACGGUGUAAACAUCAGCUUGAGGACUCUUAAAAGUAAACUGAACGAAGCCGGGUUGUACCGCAGAAAGGAUUAUUCCUCUCCAAACUCCGUGAGUAACGCCAUCAGAUUGGAACUUCGUGGACCUGGACAACUAUUUGGCUACCGCACGAUGUGGCAAGUACUUAAACAAAAGUACAAUUUUCGAGUGAAGAGAGAUGAUGUGAUGAAUUUGCUCCGGGAGCUUGAUCCUCGAGGGUGUGAGAGCAGAACACGCAGAAGGUUUACAAGAAGAACCUACCACUCAAUGGGACCUAACUAUAUGUGGCAUGCAGAUGGCUAUGAUAAACUUAAGCCAUUCGGUUUGGCCAUAUCGGGAUGCAUAGAUGGAUUUUCACAUGAAGUACUGUGGCUUGAAUGUGGACCAACAAAUAAUAACCCAACAGUGAUUGCUCACUAUUUCAUGUCAUGUGUGCGAAACCUCGGUGUCAUCCCCAUGAGACUGAGGACUGAUUGCGGCACUGAGAACGGCAUAAUGGCUGCAAUUCAAUGUAUGCUACGCCACCAUCACAGUGACUACUACUCUGGUGCGUCCAGCCACAUGUACGGCUCAUCUACAAAUAACCAGCGUAUUGAGUCCUGGUGGUCUAUAUUUAGAAAGGGAAGGUCUCAGUUCUGGAUGGAGUUAUUUGCAGACCUUAGAGAAGCCGGAUACUUCAACGGGAGUCAUGAGCACCAGUGCCUAUUGAGACAUUGCUUUGGUGAUGUUAUUCAGAAGGACUUGGAUGAGUGUGUGAGACUGUGGAACAGUCACAGGAUUCGCCCUUCCAGAACAGCAGCAUGUCCAGGAGGAGUGCCCAAUGAACUCUACUACUUACCACACAGGUUUGGCUCCAGAGACUGCGGAUUUCAAAUUGAACAGGCUGAACUGGAUGCCCUUCCUGAGGCUAGCUUGUCAAUGACUCCUUGUGGGGACCCAAACAUGCAGGAGUACUUGGACUUUGCCAUGGAACACAAUCAGUUACAGAAGCCAGAGAACUGGGAGUCUGCAUCAGAACUGUACAUGAAACUAAAAGAAAUGGCUCAGCUAUGAAAUGAUCAAAAAGGGAGGGUUUUUUGUAGUGAUGGAAUACUGUUGUCUGUCUGAACACAAUGUUUAUGAAUCUGUCACCCACAGCUUAAGUGUUUUUAAGUGUGAAGUAAAUUAAUCAAAAAUAGUAAUAAGUAUUUAUUACAUUUUUGUAGUAUAGAAAACAAUACUUCUUGAACUACUUGUUUCUUUAUCUAAAACAGUGAUUCACAGAGAGAUCCCAGUUUGAGAGUCACAAAUCUAAAACAUUUUCAAAAUGUUAACAGUGAGAAAAACAUGCUCACAUACUGCUACAUUAUAAAAACAAUUUGGGUAACUGCACUUUAAAGUGAACCUUUAACAACAACAAUGUUUUCAGAGUCUUAACUCUAGGGUUUAUCCAUCAUUUAGCUUAAAAACAGCCAAAUCCCGGACUAUUUUGAAUUCCAAAGUCCAUUUGUGACUUAAACAAAGUGUAUGAGUCUAGGAGUGGUAAUUUCAAGGAGUUUGUACAUGUAUUUGCCAUUGGGAACGCAGAGUCAUCCAGGAACUCUAUUUGUGGAAGUGGUUCCAAGCCAGAUGGGGGAAGUGAAGACAGCCCAGUAGCAAACAUCAAAACAUCUUCCACAGACACAGCAGCCUGGCCUUCUGCAAGAAAAAAACAAUUCAGAUACAUAAUUAGGGGUUCAAGCUCAAAGAGCUGAAACCCUAUUGUAAUUGUACUGAUUUUUAUUAUUAGGGUUUUUUUAUUAUAAGUUUUCUGGCCUGUAAUCACGUGAUGCAUAUCAUUUGAUAGAUAUCCUCAUACUGAACAACUUUGCCUCAAGUACUACUGCUGUCAGUCAAAUUGUUCAUCAGAAAUUUGCUAUCAUCUUAAAAACCUACUUGCGCUUGAACUAGUCCUAGAUUUGCUUAAAGGCCGGAAAUGCUUGAACCCUGAUAAAUGCUGCUUGCAGCUUUAAUUUCCAUGUGUUUUCUUAACUAGUUAUAAAAACAAAUAAA